AUGUACCGCCCCAAUUCUCUGUGGACGUGGUCUUUCUGCAUUGUCACCCUUGUCCAAACGAUCAUUACACUCGCCCUGGAGUGUUAUAUUUUCGUAAAUUUCCAGGUCCAACUGCUCCCAUCGGCCGCCACGACGACUGCCUCAAAACCCAUUCCAACCUUCCUAGCCCUCUAUAGCUUCGGGUUCAUCUAUGAGCUGAUUCUCGUUUACGAUGCGCUACGCCUUAAGAACACUAUUCAGGUCAUCGGACUGUGCAUGUGCAAUAUCGGGUUGUUGAUUUACGGGGCCGUGCAGGUGCAACAAAUUCGCGAUGCUGUACAAAUUCUCUGGGACAAUGGUGCUAUUGCGGAAAAUGUCUGGGGAGAAACAGAGCCUUUCCUUAUCAUCAUCCCCUGCGUUGUGGCUAUGGGUUCAAUUUUGAUGGUGAUCGUUGCCUGGAAACUAUACGACGAGUUCGCAUGGUCUAUCUACAAACAUAUCAGCGCCGAUCUGCGAAUGAAGCGCCGGUAUCUGACUUAUCAGAUCUAUAUCUCGCUUCUGAAGUUCGACUUCUUCUUCUUCCUUGGUUUCACCGUUCAAUUCGUCGUUAUCGUCACGAAUAAGACCGACAUAGAAUUCGCCCUUACACUAGCUGCCAUUCCCGUGACGAUUAUAAUUCUGAUCUGCGCGGCCUUCUUCGUGCGGCGCGAAAGUUCGAUCGGCAUGAUUGUUGUCAUUCUCCUUUACUUCGCGGCCAUGGCCUAUUUCUUGUUCAAGCUAGUCCGGAUGUACCAGCCUGGUACUUAUGACCUAUAUUUGACUGCUCGGCGCUCUUUGACAUUCUUCGCCGUCAUCACCCUUGUGCUCAUCGUCAUCACCAUUAUCAACGCCUGUGUGUGUAUGCACAACUUCCACAAGGGCCUGAAGCAACAUGUACACAAGAAGAAGACGCAGAACAAAGAGGGCAAGACCACUGAGCUGUCCUCCAAUAUCUCUUCUGGCCAGGUGCCUACUCGAAUGAUGAUCGAUUGA